UAAGCACGUUUAACGUUUCCAUUUAUUUUCUUUUUUAUACAUUUGUUUGUGAACAUCUUUAAAUUUUGUAGUUUGAAAAAUAAAAAAAAACUAACAACAACAAAGGUAUUGUCUUUGGCAGCACAAUUAAAGAUAAAUAAAAAUUUUAGAUUUUCAGCUAUCAUUAGUAGCAGAGUAUGAGUAUUGAGCGAUGAAACGUCUGUGUUCCCCUCCGUAUAACACUCAAGAGCCAGUGGUGCUUAAAAAAAUUGCCCAUGAUAACAAUAAUGAGGAUGAGACAGAUGAUCAUUCUAAUACGACCAAUGAUCCCAUAAGUGAUGUUGAUGAAGAUGAUUUAGUUACUGGACAAAAAGAAAGCAUUGAUUUUCCCACCCGCCUGGGUAAAUGUGAAGUAUGCGCAGCCCUAGAAGCACGCUACACCUGCCCCAAAUGUGAAGUGAAAACCUGCUGCCUUAACUGUGUUCGCAUACACAAAAAGGAACUCGAAUGUGAUGGCAUACGAGAUCGCACCAAAUUCAUUCCGCUCAAAGAUAUGACAAAAAUGGAUUUUAUGAGUGACUACUAUUUCCUGGAAGAAUGCACUCGCUAUGUAGAAGAUCGUAAAGGAGAUCGAGUUAAACGUUACACACGCUACAAUUGUGAAUUGCCCAUACAUUUGUAUCGCUUGAGGCAAGCGGCCAAGGAUAGGAAAUGCACUUUGAAAAUAUUGGUGCAGAAUUUUGAACGCCAUAAAGAAAAUACCACCUAUUAUGAUUGGAAAACCAAAAAAAUCUGGUGGCGCAUUAAAUGGAUUUUUGUCAACGCUGGCAGUUUGUGCUAUGUGGAUGAGAAAUGUUUGGAGGAUAGAUAUCUAAGAGACUUGCUGGAGAAAUAUGUGAAUAAAGAAAGCGAGGAAGAGGUCCCAGAAAAAAGAAAAUUAGAAUACUAUCAAAGCAAAGGUGUGCAAAGACUGAAGGUCUUAUUGAAAUCUGAAGGUAUUAAAAAAUGCAAAGAUCGUUUUUACCUUUUGGAUGUUAAUAAAACUUUGAAAGAGAACUUGAGAGGAAAAACUCUGGUGGAAUAUCCCUGCAUUUAUAUAAGCUAUGAGGAAGAUGCUAGUGGUUUUGACGUCAUCGAUAGUGAUGAAGAUGUAGAGGCAGUUACCAAACAACAUUUGGAUAAUUUGGAAACUUAUCGCCAGGCCGUUCUGGAAAAACAACGUAGAGAAAAAGAUAAAUCAUCUUCCACAGAUGAAGAGGAGGAUGCCAAUGAUAUUAUUGCCAUGCAAAAGUUGCAAAAAGAAACCCGACGCAAAGAAAGACAACGCAAGCGUGAGGAAUAUGAGAGUAAACAAAACAACAAUUUCCUUUUUACUGAUGAGCAAUUAAUGGAGGUCUUAUCUUCCACCACAGAAGAUGAAGAAGACCAAGAUCAGUGAUUGAGUGAAAUGUGAUUCAUUUUUUAUUAAAUAAAAAUAAACAAUUUAUGUUAUAUGGAACAAUUCGUUUAA